CUGUUUCCACACAGAGCGUACGCACGCUGUCCGUCAUUUUUCACACGGCGAAUUUGCAAAAAAAAAUCGGCGCGUAAUCGUCAAAAUACCACCAAAAAAACGUCGAAAAUUCGCGCUUAGCCAGGAUCGGACGGAGAAAAUGAUAUUGGACCGUUGAUGGGUCGUAAUAUGUGGUGUGUUUUGUGCGAAUGUACCACCAAAGGAUAUACGGAGUGUUGUGCUAAAGCCGGGCAAUAUGUGUCAGAUCGUUUUGAUAAGGUUCAUGUGCUGGAAACAUAAAUUAAAAUUUUUCAAAAUAUUUCCACUAUGAAAAAGGCCUCUGGCAAACGGUUUGAGGAUACAAUGGAUGAUGACUCCGAUGACAAAGACACAAAGCGAAAAUCUAGAAAUUUAAGUGAGAAAAAACGAAGAGACCAAUUUAACAUGCUGGUAAACGAAUUAAGUUCCAUGAUUACGACCAGUGGGAGGAAAAUGGACAAAUCGACAGUGCUUAAGUCUACCAUUUCGUUUUUGAAAAACCACAAUGAAAUAACGGUUAGAUCUCGUGUAAACGAAAUCCAAGAAGACUGGAAACCUACGUUUUUAACUAACGAAGAGUUCACUCACUUAGUUUUAGAAGCUGUGGAUGGUUUUAUAAUAAUAUUUUCUACAGAUGGCCAAAUAGUUUAUGUUUCGGAAAGCGUGGCAUCAUUAUUAGGACAUUUACCGAGCGAAGUACUAAAAAUGACAAUAUACGAAUUAGUGGGCGAAGAGGAACACGCGACUCUAUAUAACGUCCUGAAUCCGUCCGACAUAGAAAAACAAGUGUCCUUCUCAGUCCAUUUGAAAAGGGGAGGCCCGAUACCGAAGACCGACUCUGUGUUCGAACCAGUUCAUUUUAUAGGAUACUUUAGGUCAGACGAAGAUUGCGUCCACACUGAAAAUCGAUACAGCGGGUAUUCAGGAGAAGCGGAUACGAGGCUGGUUUUCAUAGGCACCGGAAGAAUAUUAACCCCUCAACUAAUCAAAGAAAUGCCGCUGCUGGACUCUGUAAAAAGCGAAUUCACUUCAAGACACAGCUUAGAAUGGAAAUUUCUUUUUUUAGACCACAGGGCGCCGCCUAUUAUAGGGUACUUACCAUUUGAACUAUUAGGUACUUCCGGGUACGAUUAUUACCAUGUGGAUGACUUGGAAAAGGUAGUGUUGUGCCACGAAUCUCUCAUGCAGAAAGGAGAAGGUACUUCUUGUUACUAUAGGUUUUUGACCAAGGGGCAGCAAUGGAUAUGGUUACAAACAAGAUUCUACAUUACAUAUCACCAGUGGAAUUCUAAACCAGAAUUUAUAGUUUGCACCCAUCGUGUUGUCAGUUACAACGACGUAUUAAGAAAACAUCGUAAAGGAACGUUAUCACCGGCAGAAAGUUUCGAACAAAUCGAAGAACCAUCACCGUCAGCAGCCAUGUCCUGGACCGGAGGUGGUAACAGUACAGGAGCGCCCAGUACUACUGCUGGAAAAAGUGUGUUACGUCAGGGGCCAUCUUCCGAUUGCACCUCAAUGUCUGCAGAUUCACCAGGUUCCAGGCAGUCUAUGAGCACUCAUCAGUCUACCUCGAAAUCGAGAAGCAACUACACAUCAGCCCCACUAAUCAGUCAGUCAAGUCCUUCGUCUCAACAGCCUCUACCUCAAAUACCUCAGCCUCAAUCUCAACCUCAACAGCAAGUCCAGCCUCAAAUGCAAGCUCAGCCGCAAUCCCAUUUGCAGCAACUUCCCAUGCAGAUGCAGCCCCAGCAAAUGCAGUCAGCCCAAUUUUUAGAUCCUCAACAGUACGUUGCAGCCAUACCAGUUCAAAGUUUGAUAACAAAUUUUCCUUCUGCCGGAGUUUUGUCGCCAAUCCAGCAAGUGGAUAACCUGGUGAUGUCUCCGGCCCAAAAUCAGCUACAAGCCGACCUCCAACGAAAGCAUGCAGAACUUCAAGCCAUGAUCAACAACCAACAGCAAGAACUCAGACGCGUGUCGGAACAACUCCUGAUGGCCAGACUGGGUCUACUGCAAGGCGCUCAACAAGUCCAACAACCGAUGUCUUAUCAAACUACCACCAAUCCGGGUACUGUGAGUAGUACCACGACCACCAUGCACCUUCCGCCGUUGCAAGGACCCGUUAUAGUACCUGUUACGGUGCCCAUAUCGCUUCCGAUUCAGCAUCAACAGACUUUAAUGUAUAGUAGGCCCGAUUCGAACACUCAGUCUCAGUAAUUUUUAGAUAGUGCGAAUGUUUUAGCUUACUCUGGAUGUUUCCGUUGAUUCUAAUGGAUUUUUAUUGGUUAAAUGUGAUUUAAUAUAUCGAUGGUAUCUCUGUUACCGAUAUGACAAACGUAUGAAACGUUUUUAAAGAGGGACCAGAUAUCUUACUUACUACUCAUUACACUAUAAUUAAAUAGCUAAAAUUUUAUUUGUGAACAUACAGGAAUACCUUUCCUAAGAAGUAUACAAAGCUCAAACUAAAGUAUAAUUAAGCAUUGAAUAAAAAUACAAACAUAAUAAAAACACAAGAAUUUGAGAGUUCUUUUAAGGGUUGGUAAGCUUAUAUUAAAAAUAUCGAACUUUGUACUUUAGGCAAAUACGGUUAGAGAAUUUCCUUUAUCUAUAGUUGGUUCGAUGUAGUUUAACGUAGAACAUAAAAGUGUGUUGUGUUCACCGAAUAGGAGUCAGAACAGUGAUAUUUUCCAAAAGAAUGUCGCAUCAGAUCACCCCAUUGAAUAAUUUAAAAAGAAACAGAACAAAAUAUUGUUCCAUUCUUAUUUCAAGUGACUACAUGCCAUAUAAAAGCAAACGCAAGAUUUGAAAAAUUUUCGUUGUACUCGUUCAAUUCUCUUAAUAUGACCUGUCUAAAAAGUCUCCCAAACUACACCACAUUAUUCAAGAAUACUUCAAACCAAAUAAUUGUAAAGGGACAUAGUAGUCUUGUUAUCAUAAUUGUGAGAAGUGUGACUUUGGAUGAAGCCAAGCAUUCUAAAUGCAUUGCAAACGAUAGAUCCAACAUGUUGGUUAAAUGUCAGGACAGAGUGAAGGAUGAUGACAAGAUCAUCAAUGGAUGAGCCACUAUCUAAUAUAACAAUCAUCUACUUUAUAAACAUUCGUGAUAAUGUUGGAGGAUCUUAUAAAAUGAGUCAUAGCAAGUUUGCUAACGUUAAGAGACAAACGAUUGAUUUUGCAACGAUCCAGAUUUGAUUGUAAGUUACUUAUCUCUGGUCUUUAUGCCAAAAAACUUUAGGUCAUAUGCAAACAAAAGAUAGUGACUGUUUAAGAAGCAUUUUGUUACGUCGUUUAUAAACAAUAUAAAUAGAACUGGACCAAUUUGGAAAACUUAAAUAAUACCAGAUCUAACAGAUAUAUCACAAGACACUGAAUUAUAAACGAAAAUCAUUGAGAACAUUCAGCUAAGUAAGAUUGAUCCACUUCAGAUAAUUUACAGAAAUAACAUGCUAAAUGUCAAGAAUGUUAUGUCAACUGUUAAAAAUAACUUGUUUUUAAGAUGUUUUAAGAUGUUUUAAGAUGUUUUAAGAUGUUUUAAGAUGUUUUAAGAUGUUUUAAGAUGUUUUAAGAUGUUUUAAUAUGUUUUAAGAAGUGAUAUCGGUAAUGCAGAUACCUUGAAUUUGACGAUAGACUUAAAAUACCGGCUCAGUCUAAUAUUUUGUAUUUGAAUCUCGUCUUAUUUUAGCGUAACUGUUGCUCUAUAAGUAACCUAACAGAUGUUAGCAGUUGACAAAAUUAAUAUUAAUAUCUUCAGCUGUAACCCCAACACAAUCCCAUGCAAUAUCAUGCCGUCAUUAUAACGUGAUUUUUUGGUGUGCGUGACGUGAAAAUAACGUUAUGGUAACGUGAGAAUAUCACAGCAAAAUGACGUCAUUCUAUAUCGUCAUUUUGACGAAUCGAUAUCACGUUAAAAUAACGUGUAUAUCGGGUGUAGUGGGCUAGGCAAAUUGACGUCAUUAUCACGAAUCUACCUAGCGUCAAAAUGACGUCUAUAUUGGGUGUCCCAAGGUUGGAUUAUUAAAAAUACUAGGAGAUGAAAGUUAUUUAAUUAAUCCAAAAAACACAUGAAAAAUAUAUUAUAAAAAAUAAAUUACACUGAUAAAUAAAAAAGUCAUGAGUAAGAAACCAAAAGGAAUAAAAUGACAAAAGAAUAUUAGAGGAAUUGACACAACAUACCUAAAAUUGUAGAUUUGAUUUUAAUUGGGGGUGGGCGAGCAUGUUGACGAUUUUAUCAUCUUCAGUAUCAUCGAAUGACAUCUUUCUAGUUGGCACUUGUUUUCUUUUAGUAGGUACUUUAUCAACCUCGGAAUGUAGAUCUGAGGUAACUUCGACUUUUUUUAAUUUGGUACAUCACUUAUCAUUAUCAUCUAAAAUAAAAGAACUAUUAAAAUACAGACCACUAAAAAUUCUUAAAGAUAGACAGUAAAUUGUGUAUCUAGUUGUAAAAACUACCUUCUCAGAGAUAUACAUAUAAUCUGAAUUUAUAAUAAAAGUUAAUGAAAAAAAGAUAAUAUAUUCUGUGAGAUGAUAAAAGGUAUCUAAAUCAAGUGACCCCCUACAAAUCUUUUAUUUUUAAAUAAACUAAGUAUUAAAAAAAUACCCUGAAAGAACUCAUAAUCAAAAAAUAAAAGUAUAACAUUACUAACCAGUCUUAUAUUAUAGUAUAUUUCUCCAUAAAGGCGGCCAAAAAACUUGUUUUUUACGCAGCGUCAGCCAUUUUCUGCUCACCUCACAACCGCCAGACCGUCAUCAUCCGGUUUUUCAAACUCAACAAUGCAAUACAUCUGUAAAAUACCAAAUUCGGUUUAAUAUACUUUAUUAUUUUGUCACAUUCUAUUUUUUACCUUUUUCUAAAAGAUCUAAAAAAUGCACCACGUUCACAAGGUCGUCACGACUGUCACUCACGAGAAUCAUUAAGAUGGAGGAAACAGGAAACAACAAUGCCAAUUGACAAUAUGACAUUGCAAGAAAUAUACGAAAAAAUAAUUAUGACGAAUUCUAAGUGACGUCUAUUUUAUGUCAUCAAUGCGACGUCAAAUACACGUUACUGAUUAGGAUAUUGUAUUUUGGAUAAAUGAAUACUAAAAAAUUACGUCAUAGUGACGUUGCAUAAUUAACGUUGCAAAAACGACGUCAAAGUAACGUCAUUAAUUGGGAUAGUGACGUUUCUGACGACUAAACCCAAAAAAUCACGUAAUGACGGCACCUUGCUGCUUGGGAUGCCACUGGCUUAUUUGACAGAACUGACAAUAAAUUCGAUUGGGAGAGAUUAAAAGAAGGCGGACUAAAAUACAGAAAACAUAAAUAAAUUGCGAAAAUUACAAAUAACUAAUCGCAUAUUUUUACUCAUAUAUAGUGUGUGAUACUGUGAAUGAUCUAACGAGAUGUUCAGUAAUUAAAUUACUGGGUUGUAAAUAUUUUUAUGAAAAUAGUUAAAUUGUAUCAUAAUAAUUAUGGGAAAUAUCCCAUGUAAAGUUCUGAUUAAAAUUAAUUUGAAAUGUAUUCCCAAUUAAAAUUUUUUAUAUACCUUUGCUAAAAGAUUAUUAUAACAGCUGUACUUCUUUCCGUUUUGUUCGAGAAAAUUCAACUCAUUAAUAAAAUUGUUGAGAUAUUGUUUUAAAAGGUAUUACCAAGGAGUGUCAAUAAAGAACAUUUUUAUAUCGUUGGAAUUCAUAAGUAAAAAUCUACGGUAUCGAAAAUUUAAAAAUGAAGUGAUACAGAAAAUUGUUUGAUUAUUAAUGAGUAGAAGAAUUUAUAGGGUAGAAUGAGAGAGACAUACUAUUUAUUAAACCAAACGUGGUGUGAACUACAAGCGGCAUAGGAAGUUGGUCCGUUCUAAAAGUAACCAAAUUUUCGGGGCGAUAACCAUCCAUGUGUGGUGAACAUCAUAGAAUUCCUAAUCCAAAUCAAAACAAUUAUCUCUGCUGUUUUCCUUUUGAUGUAAUUUAAUGCCUGUUGUAGUAUUAGCCAAAAAACCAUUUGUUUAUACAUUUCCUUUCAAUUUUAAUAUUAACUAUCAUUAACUUCGAUUGGUGACAUCAACUCAAAAAAAAAAACAUUUUAAAUUAUUUUUUAUCAAAACUAUACAAUCGUUAAUUAUGUAUAUUAUGAUCGUUCUUGUACAGGAAAAUUAAUUUAUUUUAUUUUUUUUUAUUUUGUUUAAAUUAUUAUUUUAGCGAAUAUUGUUUAAUGCUCAAAAAGAAGAACCAAAACUGAUUACAGAGAGUGAUCAGAAAAAUGGGAACAAAGCAAUUUUAUUUUUUAAUAAUAUAUAAAAAAAAAACGGCUGUACAUAUCUUAAGUGAACAUAAUUAAAGUAUUUAUAUAUAUUUUGUUAAUAAAAAGAUCUGUUCUAAUUGUGAUAUAUAUGCUUGUAUAUACAUUUUAAUGUAUCUAUAAACGUAAAAAAAUUGUUUAAACAAAACGGAUGGGUAUAGGAAAAUAUAUCGAUAACAAAAGAUCGAAAUACAAAAGAUCGGAAAAGAGAAAUGAAUUUCAAAAUCAUAAACUAGUUUACCUAACCUGUACGGCUUGCAGCCCUCGCGAUUUGCUUUUUAUUUCGAUAUUGUUUUUUCGAUCUCGUGGUUUCCUAUGUUUUGAACCACUUGUAAUUCGAUGUUUUUUCUUAGACCCAAAAAGGUUGAUUAUUUAUAUUGUAGUACAAAAAAUAA